CUACCAUACUUCGAACACACCGAGCCACUGUCAAAUAUUCAGGGCAGCUAUGUGAACUUCGAAUCUGCUGUUAAUCCAGAGUACUUCAACAGAACAGUGAGAUACAAAAAAAGGCCAGACUAUGGAGUGCCAGUGAUUCAUAGAAAGCUGGGGCUGAGCAGCCCGAACGAAAAGAUAGUCUACCAAACAUGGAUGAGGAGAGAGCUUGACAAGUUUAGAGGUUUUCUGGACUACUAUGUCUGUUUGAAGAGGAAGAGGUGUAGAAGCAAGGGCGACUUUCAGCCCUACUUGUCUAAGUUGAAGGAUGAAAAUGAGUUUGAGCAGGAGCAGUUUCUGAAGGCACUUGCAGAGCCAGACUUCACCAAGGCCUGCGAAAACAUCAUGGAAAUAUACGACAAGUUCUUUGACGAGGGGUACUGCUUCUUCGAGAGCUUCAAAAUGGCCAGGAAAAAUGUCAGAAAUCUGUACGAAAGAGUUGCAUUUGAGAACAAGUCGAAGUUGGGGGAGAUCAUCGAUCUGGUUUUAUGGAUCGAUGCUGACAUAGCCAGAUAUCAGAAAGAAUGCAAAUA